AUGGCUUGCUCCGCAUUUGUCUUCUCUCUCUCUUCUGUAGCGGCAUCAUUGCAAGUGCAAUUGCUAGAAGCAGCAAUUGCGGCGUCGCUUUUGCAGUUUCGCAAUAUUAGCUCAAGCGCUGUACCUAACCUCAUCCGCUGGGAAGGCCCCGUCUUCCCCGCCGAGCCACACUGUACCCUAUACGUUAAGGACGUCGACGAUUUCUGGAACAAGAUCCUUGAAACAAACAGCAACUGGGUCGCCGAGAUGCCCGAUCCGGAUGAGACAAUGAAGCAUUUCGGCGCCAGAACUUGCGGCGCCGAUAGCGGCUUAGCCACCGGCAACUCAGACGAGGUCACGAGUCUUCCGACCCAGCUGCGCGCUCUCAACGGACACUGGACCCUCGGGGCCAAGAUGUGCCACCGCAUCGGUUGCCGUGAGAACACGGGUCUAUACUGGUGCAAUGUGAUCUCUCCCUGCUUACACAGUGCCUUGGGAAGGACAACGCCUGGGGCGUUCGAGUUUCUGCCAAGUCCCUCUAGCUCCAUGGCUCCCAUAUCCGGGACAUGUGCUGCCACGGAAGCGACGGCUGUCUCUAUUCGGGCGACCCCAUGUCCGGCGUCGAAGCCUUCCCUGACAGCGACCGCGAGGCUGCACACACCCGCAUCUUGGCGGGAUAUGAUCACUGCUCCGAUCCCGCAAAUGUCGACCCUUUGA